UUUAAGUUUUAAGAGUUUGUUUUGUCGCAUAAAUUAUCAUUUGUUUUGAAUAGUUGUUAAUUAACAUAAAUAAUGAAAAUAAUUGCACUAUUCGUGGCGACACUCGCCUUAAUUAAAUUCACAGGGGCCGCUCGGGCCCAGAAUAUUGAAGUGGGCGUAUAUAUUGAGUCGCUGUGUCCGGACAGCAAGCGUUUUGUUAACAACCAGUUAUAUCCGGUGUAUAACGCGCUGAAAGGCGCCGAACCGCAGAUACUGACCAUUAAUUUGGUGCCGUUUGGUAACGCAAAGAUGACAUUCGUGUCCAAUUCAACACAACACCCGAGGCUUACCUAUACGUGUCAGCAUCAGGCCCAGGAAUGUGACGGCAAUAUAAUCCAGUCUUGCGCUGUAAUCAAGUACGACAUCGACAGGAGUCUGGGUUUAACUAAUUGUAUGUUUGCAUCAAAUGACUGGAAGACUCCCUGGAAGUCCGGCGCUGAGUGUGCACAAAAAUUGGGUCUUGACUUCAAAGAGCUGAGUGCGUGCGCCAACUCGUUGGAGGGGUUGGCCCUCCAGUACUUCAUGGCCGGACAGACAGAGGCUUUGGACCCCAAAGAGAAUUGGAUUCCAUGGGUGACUAUCAAUGGCCNGUACUUCAUGGCCGGACAGACAGAGGCUUUGGACCCCAAAGAGAAUUGGAUUCCAUGGGUGACUAUCAAUGGCCAGCACUCGGACGCCAUGCAAAAGUUGGCCGAAAGUAACUUGCUCAAAUUGGUUUGCGAUUCCUAUCAGGGUUCACCAAAGCCUAAGCCCUGCGAAUCGGUUUAAAUUGCGAAAUCAAAUCAAACCAACAAAAUAUUAUUAAGUCUAGCGUUCAUUACUUUAAAUAUCUAUAUUUCCGUAUUAAACAACUUAAUUAGCAUUUUGUAAUUUGUUAUGUGAUAAAAUAUUGUAUAAUAAGAUAUAUACAGCAC